UCUCAUCUCCAUUCACUGAUAUAUUCAUUGAUUUCCUCGACCUCUGCAUUUCUAAAGUUAAUUAAUUUUGUUUACUUUUGAAUUUUCCAACCUAAUGGAGACUAAGUCUCGAACCCUCGAACUCACGGUAUUGUCGGCGGAAGAUCUCCGAGUUAACAACAAACAUCUGAAAAAGAAUGCCUUCGUCGUCGUUUCAAUCGACCCCUUCAACUAUCGGAUGACCAAGACUGAUGCCCAAGGAGGAGGAUAUCCUACUUGGAACGAGAAAGUGAAGGGGCCGGAAAGGGUGUAUUUACCGGCGGCGCCGCCAGCAGCGGCAGCAGGGAUGAGAAAAUUUCAAAUUGAUGGGACGGAGAAUUUCGGUGGGGUUGUUACGGGGAUUCCUGUUUGGAGUGUAACUCGUUAAUUAUGCCCUCUGUUUGAAAUUGUGUAUAUCACCAAUUAAGAAUGAAAUAGAUA